AUGUUGGUCGGAGUUAACGACCCAAAGACGAUGUCCGCUAUAUUGGGACUUACAGGGGUGCUAUGGGGAUUGGGUCGUCUUAAAGAAGCCAUCAACUUGCAAGAACGAGUUGUUAACUCUCGACGGAAGGUUUUAGGAUCAGAACAUCGCGAAACUCUACAAGCCAUAGAUUCACUUGGUCAAUCAUUCUGGCUCAAUGGCCAAUACUGUAAAGCACUUGAAAUUCAACAACAGACUGCAGAGAAAAUACGUCUGCACCUUGGUGGAGACGAUGACAACACGCUGAAUGCGCUAGACCACUUAGGCGUAACCUUAGGCUCUUGGCACAGGUAUACUGAAAGCAGAGAUAUACAUCAGCGUAUAUUAGAAAUUCGGAGAAAAAUGCUGAAUUCAAAUGAUCUCAGGGUACUUGAAACAAAAAACAAUUUGGCAAUGGCUCUUCUUGAUUUGAGACAGCUUCAUGUCGCGAAGGCUUUGAUGGAAGAUGUCUACAAGGGUCGCAUGGCCCAAAUGGGGAAGGAACAUCCUUACACACUCUGGGCACUGUGCUAUCUGUCGAAGAUAUACAUAGAGGAAGGCGAGUUACAGAAAGCCGAGCAAAUCUUAGUUGAAGGAAUCGCCGCAGGAAGACAGAGCCUCGGCGAGGAUCAUCUCAGGGUGCUCGUGGGCUGUAGUAAGCUUGCCCGGGCCUAUACGCGUCAAGGUCGUCUGGAUGAAGCUAAAGCACUCACCCUAGAGACCGUCGAGAAAGUAAAGCAUUCUCGUGGCAAUGAGCACCCUGACUAUACUACCGGGAUGAUGAAGUUAGGUCAACUGUAUGAGAAGAAAGAAGAAAAAGCGAAGGCGAUCAGUUCCUAUCGAAUUACGCUCUUGGCUACCGAAAGGAGACUAACAGCAAAGCAUCCUCUCCACGACAUUAUCUCGGGUCGCAUUACGUUUCUGGAACGAAGUUGCACCGGGGCUAUUGCCUCUGAAAGGUCUGACAUCGCAAAUUCCUCGGUCACAACUGCCAUCGAUGAGCUAGAUAUAAAAAGCCUGCAACCCACACAAACGUGGUAA